AUGUCCGACGUUGAAGAUGAGCAUGUAGAAGACGAACAGGACGAAAAUGACCUGCCUGAGGAUGGAAUAGAAAAAGAGGAGCCGAAUGAGCCUCCUCGUACUACAGGACCACCUGGAGCCGCUUUAAAGAGCCCGACUCCCGAUAAUUUUUCAAGACAGCAGCAAUAUUCGGCCGGUAAGCCGUCGAAGCAUGAUAAGAACAAGCUGAUGCGCUCCGAGGGUAUCAUUCCUAUCCAGGCUGGGUCGAACAAGUAUGCCUCGCAGAAGGGAAUGACUGGAUUCGGAGUACCUCGCGACGUCAUCGAUAAAGUGAAGUCCGACAAUCUGCCGGAGAUCACUGAUGAGAAAAAGAUUGAGGCGCUUAAAGCGUCUACAUGGCUUCAAUCCGGUACCAACAAGUUCGCAUCACAAAAAGGACAAACUGGCUUUGGAUCUCCUCGUGAUGUGAACUACAAGACAAAAGGGACUGGUGGAGCAAGUGAAGUGCCUGAGGAAAAGGCUCGUGCUUCAGACGGCAUUGUUCCUUUGCAAUCCGGAACCAACAAGCUUGCCUCACAAGCUGGCAUGACAGGAAUUGGAAUGCCACGCAUUGUUGAUGUUCGCAAAGCCGAGGAACAAGAUCGGGAGUCACAAGGCUUCAUCCAUCUACAGAUGGGUACCAAUCGCUUUGCCAACCAAUCCGGUAUGACAGGUUUCGGAAUGCCCCGUCAUAAUAUCACCAAAUAUAAAGAUGAGGUUCGAGGAGAAAUGCCACACGAUGAAGGCACAACAUCUAGACAAACAUCUGGAUGGAGAGAAGGUAUGGUUCUUUCCUCCUCGAAAUUUAACGCUUAUUUCAGCUAG